GCACCUCUUCCUCCUCCUCCUCCUCCUCUCCUAUACUCCGCUCUCUGACUCCGCGGCUCCUCAUUCACUAGAAGAUGGCGGACUGCGCUCCACUAUUAGAUGAGGAACUCUCGUCCUUCGUUUUCAAUUACCUGACAGAAAACUCCGGCAGCCAGUAUGGGGAGGAGGAGGUGUGUUCGGACCGCUUGGACACUGACUUCCCGGACAUCGACCUCUCUCAGCUGGACACCAGCGACUUCGACAGCGUCAACUGUCUCAGCGAGCUGCAGUGGUGCAACGACCAGGCGCCGGACGCGUCGCCGCCCUCCGUCCGCUACAGCGCCGCCGAUGAGCUCUUCGAGAUCGAGGAGGAGAACGCGGCGCUGCUCGCCGCUCUGACCGACAGUCUGGACGGCAUGGUGGACGGCGAGGUGGGCGGGCUCUCCGUCUUCCCGGCCCUGGGGGAGGAGCCCGACCAGGAAGAGGAGGAGGAGGAGGAAGAGGAGGAGGGCCGUCUUCCCCUCGGCGCCGAGGACUUCAGCCAGUCCAUGGGGUCCGAGACGGACGACCCAUCUCUGCUGAUGAAACUCCUGCUGACUCCUCCCAACGUGCCCCCCGCCGCCUCCACCGACGCACACAAAGACAGAGGCCACGGCCAUCGCUAUAGCAACAGGAGCCUGCACCUGCGGCCCGCCAGGCCCCCGGUCAAGGCCGACCUCCGCCAGCAGAGGAAGCCCCGGGCGGUGCGCCCCGCCGGCCACCUGUGCACCGAGCUCCACCGCCACCUCACCACGGCCCGGGACGCAGGGGCCGCGCCGGCCCCCGACACGGAGGAGGACGAGGAGGACGAGGACGACGAGGAAAGCGAGUCGGAGGAGGACGAAGAAGAAGAAGAAGGAGAAGAAGAAGAAGAGUCUUCCGGCAGCGAGGUGGAGGCCGCGUGCGCGGCGGCCCCCGCCGAGCCGCCGGAGCCUCAGUUCGGCUCGGAGAGGGAACUGCGCUCGGUGGUGGAGCUGAUCACCUACAUGCACACGUACUGCCUGCCCACGCGCAAGCAGCAGGGCUGGGAGCGGAAGGACCGCGAGGCCGCCAGGCCCCGGGGGGCCAGAGCCGAGGGCCCCCGCCCGGCCCCCGCUGGCUCUCACAGCAGAGUCGUCUUGGUCCCCGCCGCGCCGCCGCCGGCCGGGACGGGCCCCCGCAGGGUCCCCUUCGCCAGGCGGAGGGAGGUGAAGGCCAACUCCCUCCUCCGCGAGCUCCUGCAGCGGAGCAGCUCCUUCGACGUGAGCAAGCCUUACAGACUGCACAGCCCCCCUUACUCCCACCCCCACGGCCCCGCCCCCGCCGCCACCGCCGCCGCCCCUAAGCCGGAGCUGCGCAAAGACUCGUUCUCCCCCGAGAGGAGGAGCGGCUCCCUGGAGGCGCCGGCGGGCGGCGAGGAGGCGGCGGAGGACGGCGGCUCCUUCUCGGUCCGGCGCUCGCGGCGCCUGGCCUCCUUCCCCAGCCGCUUCGGCAAGAGGCUGCGGCCUGGGCGGGCGAGGGAGGGGGAGCGGAAAGGCCGGGAGGAGAGGGAGGAGGGACGGGCGGGGGGGCUCAAACUCCUGCCGACGCAGGCGGGCGGGGGCACGACGACGGAGGCCCAGACGCCGACGGCGAGCGACGAGUCGGCGUCGCCCUGCUGCCACAACGAGAAGCGAGCCUGCCUCUGUCUGACCCUCACCCCCAGCUCCACAGGCCGAGAGUCCCAGUACAGCAGCAAGCCUUUCGAGCCGACGCUGGGCAUGGAUCUGUGUGGAACGGCAGGUCUCACCCCUCCCACCACCCCGCCUCACAAACCGGUGGAGGAUGAGCUCUUCAAGCCGGUCGAGGGAGGAAAGGGGGGGGAAGGAACCGGAGGAGGAGGAGGAGGCGAGUCCGCUCACACGGCCUCCAGUACCAACGCCGCCGCCGCCAAGGGCUCGACCCCCCGGCUGAGCCGCGGCGCCCACCACCGGAAGCUCCCGGAGCAGACGGAGCUGUACGCCCAGCUGCGCCGCAUGGGCCAGGCCGGCGACAGCGACACCCAGCGCGCCUUCGGCGACCACGACUACUGCGCGCUGAGCCUCGGGGAGAGCCGCAAGCGCAGCGCCGCCAUGCUCGGCGCCAUCCUGCAGGCGCAAGGAGGCGGCUCAGCGGCCAAAGAGGCGGACGGGCGGGGGUCGCGGGAAAAGGCGAGCGGGGAGGGGCCGGCGGAGCAUCUGUGGCAGCAGAGCGCGGCGGUGACCCUCUCACCGGCGCCGCCGUCGGCGACGUCACUGCUGCGCUGCCUGACGGCGGCUGCCGCCACGCCGCCGGUCUCGGAGGAAGAGGCGGAGCGCUCGUCUGCGUCGCGCUCGCCCUCGCCCGUCCUCCACCUAUGUCCCGACUCGCCCGCCAGCAAGACGGACUGCAGUGAAAACUCUGAGAUCCCACCCGACGACAAGCAGAGGAACAAAGCCAAGUCUGACGAGGACAACUGCCAGGUGUUUUACAUCCACAACCUGCCAACGAGCGUGACCCAGAACAUGCUGAGGAAACGCUUCCAGGUUUUCGGCAAACCCGAGGACUGCAAAGUCAUCAUCUGCAACGAGUAAGUGUCCCGGGAACCUUUUUGUUCUGUUAUGGGAGGGCAUCACAUUCUUUAUCACAUUAUAGUGCUGUAGACAAAUAAUUCACCCCGGGUGAAAGAUCAGCCUUAGCUUUUAGCUUUGUUUUUUUCUGUGUCCUUCCAAUGUCGUACAUCUGAUUU